AUGUCAUCCCAUAAUUCGACAGUUGCUCCUUCUGCAGUGGGCGGUAGCAUACCGAGCAAGCGCAUGGGCGACGAUGCGAAAUCCGACUCCAACUCUCAGCAAGCGACGAAACGGAAGCGGCCGCAGUCUUGUGACAUUUGUCGCUCGCGCAAGAUCAAGUGUGUGCGUCUCAAGGUAGACGGUCUGGACGCUUCUGCAGACAACCGUUGUGUGCAGUGCCGCGCGAUCGAUGCCAAAUGCACGUUUGACUAUGUUCUCAGACGACCCGGUCCACAGAGCACAUUUGCCAAGACAGCCAGAAAGGAAGCAGCGGCCAGGACUAAGGUAUCAGCACCAGACUCGCAUCUAGCGGCUACUCCCUUGUCGCACUCUCGAUCUUUGACAUCGGCGUUUGUGGAGGCGCUUGCCACGCAAGUCGGAGGCGCGUCACCGCACACUCAACACAACGCUUCGGCUGCAUCCCCUAACGACGACAGCUGGUACCGCGCUCUCACGGCUUCCAACUACGCCUCUGGAAGCGCCAAUGGCACACAGACGCGUUCGUCGUCUUGGAGCGGCGCCACCAACUUUGACGCGUACCUCAACAACUCGAUGCUCGCCAUGACACCAGCUCACUUUGCUGGCAUAACGGCAGCAUCGCCUUUUGGAUUCUCACCGCAGAACAUGGGCAGCCUCGCGGGUGCGUCGCCGUCGGUGAGCAUGUCGGGCUCUUCUUCUGCCACUCCCGGCAGCUACGCAGGUUCGUCGUGGCAUGGCCAGCCGCGUUCCGAUGCAGGAAGCUCACGCUCCGCGGCCCCGCUCGCAUCCAUGCUUCACACGCAGCCGCAACCCCAUCAGCAAACCCAAGCUCAAGAGCACCCACACCAACAACAGCAACAGCAACAGCAUCGCGCAGCAGCGCUCGUCGAUCACAUUCAGUCCUUCGAGGUGGCAGCUGGCCUUGCUGGCACCGACACUCGCGCAGCGCCACUGCCUCUUCCGAUUCCUUCCUUCUCCCGCGUGUCAUCGCCAGUGCCAAUGUCAGCGACCUUGCCACAGACCCAUCAACACAGCACACAGGAACCAAACCAGCAGAAUCACCAACCUCAACAAAUACCUAUCCCCUCUCAUCAGCAACAGCAAGGUCAUUGCUUUGAUGGAUCUGGUAGCUUCGCGCCUCUAAACACACAAGCGCACGCCGAUACCUGUAGCGCCACCAGUCAGAAAAACAAGCAAGCACGCAGUCUUUGCGACGUGUCUGUGGGACCUGUGCUCGGGCCGCGGUCGCUUGACAACAUUGCGCCACGCCAGACGUUUCUGGCGAUCAUCUCGCUGUACUUUCACUACCUGUGGCCGUUGCUGCCGAUCGUGGAUCGUCCUUCGUUCAGCCACGACCUGCUGAAUCGCAGAGACGAACGCGACCAGGCGUUUUUCGCGUUUGUGCUCAGCCUCACGUCGUACACGCUGAUCCAAUGCCCCAGGACUGUGAUUCCUGCGCCCUGGGCGUUCUACCGAAGAUUGCAUCGCAUCUGCCAUCUCACAUCGCGCAGGAUGCAGCCUCGCGUAUACGACCCUCCGCAGCUGCUUCACGUCAGCACGCUGUACUGCGAUCACAUCUAUCUGGGCACCGUGGGCAAGGUCAACGCGGGCAAAGCGGUGCUCGCUGAGGCUGUGCGAGUGGCGUACACGCUAGGUCUGCACGACGAGCGCAAGGACGAUUCGAGGAGAGGUGCUGCGCCGUACGGUCUGGAUGCGUCGUCGUUUGCGUACUACCAAGCACCGACGGCGAACGCGGUGGAAAACGAGCUGCGAAAGCGCCUGUUUUGGGUGCUGCACGGCAGCUCCACUACGAUCGCCAUGCUGGAAAACGAGCCAGCGCUGAUUCAUGCUAUCGAUGCGUGCGUCGAUCUUCCGCUUGCGGUCGAUGAGGAGGCGCUGGCGCGGCCUGGCCACAUCCAAAGAUCUCCGAGCGUGCUUCAUGGUUUCCUGAUCGUGACGCGAUUGCACCAGGUGAUGCUCGAGCUGCUCGAGUCGUACCGCCGCGAUCGACGAUUUCCUAUCGACGAUCUUUCGGUGGCUAGAUCACGCAUCCGCUACCUCGCCGAUGUACUGCGCAGGCUGCAGGAGGCCAUCGACGAUAUGCCGGAAGAACUGCGAAAUCCGAUCUACACGCAUUCACCGCCUGAACCGAUUCGUCGACCUGGCAGUGCGCUUCCUGCGCUCGUGACGGUUUCUGCGCAUGGCCAGCAUGCGCAGCAUGAGCAGCAUGCGCCGCUGUUGCAAGCAAUCGGAUUUGAUGCCGCCACUCAAACAGCGCUAGGCAACCAUGUGAGUGGCACAUCGCCAUGGCCAUGGCCGGCCGAGACGUUUACACGCGACGGCCUGCCGAACGCGGAAGCACGCAGUUCGAACAACUCUUCGUCGACGCACUCGCCACGAGCUGGCGGUGCUUGCGAGGCCAAUAUGUCGACGAGGUAUGGCGGUGCAAUGGCUGCAGGUGCCGGUGUAGAGCGUGGACAGCCUGCGCACCACGGUCUCGCUCCACUGGCUGUGCGCACGCCACGCAUGCGCACCGGCGUCGAGGCGCGCGCUGCCAGCCUGACCAUGAUGGACAUGGUGAAUGUGUUCCGGCCUUCGCCGCCGCCGGCGUCGGCGUCGUCGACGCCGGUGCUGUCGCCCAUGUGCACACUGCACGCCAAUAUCGUGACCACGGAAUCACUCGUGCGCUUCCUGCUGACCGAGUACCGCGAUAUGGUCACCACACGCAUCCGCGAGCUGAAACUUCGACAACCGUCGCACCUCGCGCUCGCCUCGUGCGCUCCCGAAGAUGUGCACAGCCAAGUAUGGCAGGAAGCAGCCGCGAAUCUGCUGCGCACGUUCAACAACCUCCCGCUCGACGCUCUGGCGAGCAACGGACAGAGUCUGAUCGACAAGAUUAUCUACGUGGUCACCGCCUUGUUGAACCGCACAAGCAGUCGCGGUGUGACGACUGGGUUUGGGUACAUGUCGAGUUUGUUGGCGACGCUGACGCGGUUGAGUCAGACGAGGAAGGAGGAUAGUGCGAGCGAGAUCGAGGAGGAAGACGCGGUGACGGGCGAGCGAUGGGUAAGCCAGCAGAUGGGCGGUGAGGGGGGUGCUGGAGGUGCUGGGACCGGUGGGACCGGUGGAGCUGGUGGUACUGGAGCUGGUGGUGCUGGUGGAGCUGGUGACCAAGGAGGUUCGAGUGAUCGCGGAGGGUCAGGUUCCGGUGGCAACUCCGGUGGCAACUCUGGUAGCGCCGGUCCUGGUGGCGCACCCGAUACCGACGCCAACCGCGGCGCUCGCGACGUUCGCGGCGACUCGACGCUCACCGCCUUUGCCAAACCCAGCGACGCGCCGUCGGUGGAAGCGUCGAGCCCUGUGCACUUUGCGCCAUGCACACGCUCCACCACGGGCACCUCGAGCGUCGAUACGGCCAGCACCACGCCUACCGAACGCACGCCGCGCCGCGCAUUCCCCAAACUCGUCGCUACCAACAGCGAAGCGUCGUCGCACAAACACAGUGCGCUCGCCGCGCCGCUCGACCACGCGUCGUGCACGCCUCCGUCGCAACCGUGCCUUGCGCGCCACCGUCCUCCGCACGCCCGCCAUCCGAGCAUCGCUCAACACGCCUGA